AACGUCAUUGUCAUUACCUCGAAGUCGUCACACCUGCGCUGAAGUUUAGGACAGGAGCACGCGAGAGUCCUGUCAAAGCAGUUUUGUUUUUGUUUUUUUUUACCGCAAAUAAGUUUUGGAAUGAGUCUAUUUAAGUCUGUGGAUUUUAACAUCUCUACUAAACCAUGAUCACGUUCCUACAAUAUAUGGUUUUUUCAGUAUUGAUCGGGCUCCUCAAACCCACGGGGGCGUUUCCGCGGUCUGGCCUUGACUUGGGAGGCAGCAGGACACGGCGGGAUGUCACCUGCAGAGACAACCUGGAGUACCCGAACGGCAACAUCUGCUGUCUAAGCUGUCCAGCUGGUACACGUAUGAUAUCGCCCUGCACCAGAGCAGGAGAGAAGGGGCAGUGUGAGGAAUGCGACUAUGGAACAUUCACUGAGCACGCCAAUGGACUGAAGCAGUGUUUCAAAUGCACACAGUGUCGCUCAGAUCAGGAAAAUGUAAGGCUAUGUACUCUCAUUCAAGAUACUGAAUGUCAGUGCAAAUCGGGAAGAUUUUGUGCUCCUGACGAAGCAUGUGAGGUGUGCAAGAAGUGUUCAAGGUGUGAAAAAGAUGAAGUGAUAGCGAGGAACUGCACGCCCACUGCAAACACAGAGUGCAAGAAAAUCCAGCUCAGCUCUGGCUCUCCCUCAGCAAAUACCUGGGUGAUUAUGCUACUUUUACUGUUUGCUGCUGUGGGAAUUGCGGUAAUAGCCGUGUGCACGUGGAGACAUCGUAGAGCAACAGGUUCUCAGAGAAAUCUAUCUGAUGGGCCAAAAGCUGGACAGCAUUACAGUAACAAGUAUCCCACUGAGGAAAGGAGGAACGGAGAAACCCGAAGGCUGAGCUGCUCCAAUCUGAUGCUGCCCCGGCAACUGGUGAGAGCCAAAUCCUCCGCCGGCUUGGAGGAUGAGCGUAAAGUGCUGUGUGAAAGCCUCAGCAGCUCAGCCAGUAACUCCCAGCACAGUCUAACUGGCCUGCCCUCCCACCCCGCAUCUCCCCCCCGAGCCAGUCCCAUGGUCCCCAGACAGCCCAACAGGAGGGAAGAUGAGCAAUUUCCCAAGCUUGUCCCUGCAAAUGGUGAAGAGUCUUUGAGGAAAUGCUUUGGGUAUUUUGAAGAAAUAGACCUCGCCUACCACAAGAGAUUCUUCCGUCACCUUGGUAUCAAUGACAAUGUGAUCAAAAGCAAAGAUGACCUUCCCUAUGAAGACAGGAUCCACGAACUGCUGAAUAUUUGGGUGGAGAAAGAGGGCAGAGAAGCCAGCUUAAAUGACCUGCUGAAAGCAUUACUUGAUUUGAAUCAAAAGCGAACAGCUGAGACUGUCAAGGAGAAUGCUAUUGACAGUGGUCAGUACUUCUGUGAGUAUUAAUGAGAGGUGAAUUGUAGUCUUAAGAAUAACACUUGUGUUGUUAGAUCCUUGUUGCUGAAAGCUUAUGAACCAAACCAAUACGGGUUGGCGUAGCAUCACACAAGGCUACUGCCCAUAGCGAUCUUUUGGCUUGAGUAGUAAAUCUCUUCCCAAAAAGUUCUCAUAAAAGGGAAAGCAUGAGUAUUGUAGUCUCAUGAAUAUCACCUAUGGUGUGAGGUCCUUGUUGCUUCUUGAAAGCUUCUGCCUCGUCCAAGAGUGGUUGGCGUAGCACUGCACAAGGCUACCGCCCGUAGUAGUCUUUUGGUGGGGAAAAACCUGGCUUGUACACUUACAAAACUGCUCUUGCUUCAGUAAGGGCGUGUUACUGUGCUGUACAGCUCCGAUGGGGAAAUGCAGAGUAUUGUUAAGUCAAACCUGGCUUCAUCACAUGCCUGCUUGACCUUAUACACACUCCAGAAUGACAGCUUGAAUUUAUUUGUUUUUGUCUGACUGAAAGUGAUUUAUUUCCUUCAGUUCUACAUGGAGUGUUGAUAUUGAAGUAUUUAAUUACAAAAAGUGUUUGCUGUCUUGUAUUCCACAUGUACAAAGACUGCUUUUUACUUGAGUCCAGAAAAAUGUGCCCAGAUCUAGAGAUGUUUUUUUUCCUGUUUUUUUUUUCGUAAUGGUCGCACUGAUGCGAGACUCCAUGUACAGUGGAACAUGUAAAACAUUAAACAAAAUGUCUAGGGAUCAAUAGGAUUACUACAAGUAUAUUAAUUUAUUAUGGUGGAGAGCUGACUAUUGUAUGCUAGUUGAUUGACAGUGUUGUCUUGAUCAUGGUUCAGCUUGCCUGUUUUUUUACUUGCUCCUGAUCAAAAUGAAUUCAUGUGUCUUUUUUUUAUCUCCUGUCUGUGUUGUGCUUCUGGUCUAUUGUUACAUUUCAGUCAUAAUCCCGAUCACAGCAGUGACAUCUUGGAGGUUUUACAAAACCACAAGGUUCUACUGGGCACCACUGAUGUGCUCUACUAUAGCAUUGUAGUACUAAGUGCCUUGCCAAAGUGCCUUGUCUGUCUUAUUUUUGCCUAAUUGCAAUGUUAUAUUUUGUUUACAUUUUUUGUCUGUUGCUUUCUCUCACUUUCAGGUCUUGUAGUAUUUGUCAGCCUAUUGUUUCAUUUUGAUAUUUGUUUUUACAAACCUAUUGAAGGGUUUUUUUAUAGAAUAAUUUGAUAGGCACUGAAAUAUGCAA